UAUUUGUUGUUUGAAUACCGCUUGAAUCAAGUUAAGGCCGCUUUUUUUUACGAAACCGUCCAUUAAGUUGUUUUUCCAGGUUUGAAAAGAGUGCAGUGGAAAUGGGAACGCCGAAUUCACCUAGAGAUCUGCCGCAAUCUGCAAGCAUUGGAAAUUUGUCGUUCGAAGGAAAUAUGGAGCAAUGUCGACUGUGUCUCAGGAUGCUUCCCACUGCUGAGCUCAAGGACAUUUUCUACUCCGAUGCCGAUACCGAAAAGGACAUUCAUCAAGCAGUUCGUGUAAAAGUCACACCAAACGACAUUUCCGUAAAAAUUUGUUCAUGCUGUUAUAAUUUGAUUAAACUGAUCAACGACUUCCGGGAUGUGUGCUGUAAAACGAGCCUGAUGCUCUUGAAAAGUGUGAAAAUUCCUGGCGAAGCCUUCUGGUCCGACGGUCAAAAUAACGAAAGCAUAUCUCACUGUCGGGAGCUGGUCAAACAGUGCCAAAUGGCAGUAGACGAUAUUUUUCAGAACCCUUCUCCUGAUGCUUCCUCCGAAGAAGAAAGGCUCAACAAUUCAAUGCCUGAACCGGAGGUUGUUAAUCCUUUGAACGAGAGUGACAGUGAGCAUUUGAAUUCAGCUCCCACCAUUGUUAAGCAAGAACAGAUAGAAGGUGAAACAACUUUCGAUUUUUUGAACGUUUUAAUCAAAGAGGAAUGUGAGGCGAGCAGUUCGGAAGUUUACGAGAACUGUGAGGUGAGCAAUGCGGACGAUAUCGACAACUGUGAGGUGAGCAAUGCGGAAGAUAACGAGAAAUGUGAGGCGAGCAAUGCGGAAGAUAACGAGAAAUGUGAGGCGAGCAAUUCGGAAGAUCACGAGAAACGUGAAUCUUUGCCACUUCCCGAACGCUCUCGAAGAAGAAAAAGAAAGAAUGAUGAUUCGACUAAUCAGGUAAAGGCGAAUCAGGAAAUGACGAGUCAGGAAAUGAAGAGUCAGGAAGAGACGAGUCAGGAAGAGACGAAUCAGGAAAUGACGGAUCAGGAAAUGGAAACCAAGCAGCAGAAACUUCCGAAGAAAUCGACGACAGGAGAUGAGGAAUUCUUGAAAGUUUUCAAUAAAAUCCAUGUUAAAGAUUGCAAAAUAGUGACAUCUAGUCGUGGAGGAUAUAAGUUGGUGGAAAACGGGCACCUCUACAAUCUAUUAACAAAGACUGAAACUACUUGGAUUUGGGAUUGUGAACGAAGAAGGAUGUCAAAUAAAUCUGAACGAUGCAGAGCAAAGGCAAAAACGAUGAUCCAGGGUAGAAAACCAUCGCUGCAAACGCAGGGCGAACAUAAUCAUGAACCGGAUCCGGUCAAGGUGGAACUAACUAAGUUUCGCAGUGCCUUGAGGGAAAAGUCGAAAGACAUUUCCGAGCAACCCGAUAAUAUCAUUCAACUGUGUGCUGCCGAAGCGCCGCCUGAGAUACGAUCGACGAUUUCCAAAUACGCGCAGAAAAGAAUCGUUCAACGCCAGCUUAAAAAAAGAAUCCCGGAAAAAACAUAAGUUACGUUCAGGUGGAAUAAAUUUUUUUUGAACCAUCCAACGGAUGAUCACUCCUAUUAAAGUGCAUGGAGUUAACACGUACAUAUACACAUGCGUAUACAUUUACACAAACACACGGAGAGAAGUGCGUUUACCUGUUGAAUAUAAGUGUUUCGUGAAUAAUUCUCUCGCUUCAUGUACUUUCAUUAACUUUGAUCCGAAUGACAUUUG